UGUGCGCGUGUGUUUUCGACGCCACGCCUCUGCUCUGUGCGUUUUCCUCCGCGCGUUGAUAUCAUACCAAGCUCAUACUUGGCAUUCCGCCUUUUUUUUCCUGUCAAACACGCUCGUUUUUCUUAAGCCGAGGAAAGACACGAUAUCUCCGAAGCAAAAGCUACCUCUGGUCGCUGGAGUAUCCGGAGAGGAGUGAGCGGCCGUAACAGCAGUGCAGGAAAGCCAUUGUGAGGUGUGUUGUGGCUGGAGCCGUCAUCAUUGCGUCGGAGUGGAGUUGCCGUGGCAGCCCCGACGGGGCGCAGGAGGAUGUUGGUGAUGAUGAACCAAUGGCAGACGGGGCGGACCGUGGAUUGGAUGGCGACCCCGAGGGAGUGUGGAGUCCUGACAUUGAGCAGAGCUUUCAGGAAGCUCUGGCCAUCUACCCUCCGUGCGGCAGGAGGAAGAUCAUACUUUCAGACGAGGGGAAGAUGUAUGGUCGAAAUGAGCUGAUAGCUCGCUAUAUCAAGCUACGUACAGGGAAGACACGCACACGCAAACAGGUGUCUAGUCACAUUCAGGUUCUGGCACGUAAGAGGGUACGAGAAUACCAGAGCAGCAUCAAGGCCAUGAACUUGGACCAGGUAUCCAAAGACAAGGCACUGCAAACAGUAGCCAACCUCUCAUCUGCUCAGAUUGUCUCUGCCAGUGUGAUGAAACCACAGACUCCGUUCCCUCCACCAGUCAGAUUUUGGCCCGGCCCUAUGCCAGGACAGCCUGGACAUUCUCAGGACAUCAAGCCCUUUGCACAACCACCAUACACUACACUAUCAGCCCCUGUCCCUGCUCCAAUUGGUUAUGAACCCCUGCCUCCCCAUCGCCCUGCUGCUAUAGCAGCUCCUGUAUGGCAAGACAGAACCAUCGCCUCAGCAAAACUACGGCUACUGGAGUACUCUGCUUUUCUGGAGACACAGAGAGACAGAGAGACGUAUAAACAUCUUUUUGUACACAUCGGCCCAUCAAACCCGGGCUACAAUGACCCUGUGUUGGAGUCCAUAGAUGUGAGGCAGAUUUACGACAAGUUCUCUGAGAAGAAAGGAGGCCUGAAGGAGCUGUAUGAAAAAGGGCCACACAACGCAUUCUUCCUCGUCAAGUUCUGGGCGGAUCUAAGCAGUGACAUUGAAGAGGGUUCAGGCGUGUUCUAUGGUGUUAGCAGCCAGUACAGUGGAACAGAAAACAUCACCAUCAGUGUCUCAACAAAGGUCUGCUCCUUUGGCAAACAAGUGGUAGAGAAAGUUGAGACUGAAUAUGCACAUAUGGAAGGAGGAAAAUAUGUGUUUCGCAUCCAUCGUUCGCCCAUGUGUGAAUAUAUGAUCAACUUCAUCCACAAACUCAAACAUCUGCCAGAGAAGUACAUGAUGAACAGUGUACUGGAGAACUUCACCAUCCUACAGGUGGUGUCCAACAGAGAAACUCAGGAGACUCUGCUGUGCAUCGCCUUUGUGUUUGAAGUGUCUACAAGUGAACACGGAGCACAGUACCAUGUUUAUCGACUAGUUAAUGACUAGCAGCACCCUGGGUGCAUGCAGAGACUCUCCACAGACUUUUUUUGAUACAUACAGCAUAAACACUAUUUCCAGCUCAAACACUCAGAAUCGCCACUCCUAAACACACCUUUUUCCCUUAACAGACCAACAGUCACACUGUCAUCACACCUGUUAUUUGUUUAACGUUUAUGCAUUUCCGUCAAACUAUGCACACAUUUCCGAAACAAACAGUUAUUUAAACACUAAAGUGAAAUUUAUUUUCAUAGAUUUUUAUACAAAUGUGGUGUCAUUCUUGGCAUAAUCAUCAAUGUGUGUUGUGAUGUUAUAAAGUCUCACCUGUUGAAACUGAUUGUGCACAUCACUCAAUGUCGAGCUCAAAAUAUAUCAGGCUUCUCAUUUUCAUUUGAACUUAACCAAACGGACAAACAUAAAAAGCAUGAGACACCAGUAGACAGGUGAUAUUCUUAUGUAAUAUGAAUCAUAUGAUUAAUUAUUGCCAUUUCUGAGGAACUGCAUUUACGUCACAGGUGUGACUGAUAUGAGACGAGUUUGAAUAUAGGUUUGCAAACAAAUCUUUAAUCAGUGUUAAUGUAAUUCUGCCACAAUGACUAUUUUUUUCUACAGUUUGUAGUAUCUCUAUAGGGUAGGAACUAAAUGAGCCGUCGCUAAGUGUGAAAUCAUGAUCUCCAGUUACUUUAUUCAAAACGCUAACAGAAAGAGUGUGCCUCUUCUCAGAAUAUAACGCACUACACGUAAAGACGUUAAAACCGUAUUUAUAUUUGACAGAAAUGUGUCAAAGUAUAAAGUGAGACAUCGUUUUAGGUGCAUUUGCUGUUCAAAUGUUUUCCAGCGAUAUGGAGGGAAAGAUCUUUCCAUCAGCGCUCAAGGAGGCUUUUCAAGUUUGGCUCACAUGUCUUUGAAAACAAAGUAGUUCACACAACCAGUUUCAGAUUCAGUUCGCACUUUGGUGUGAAGUAACGAUCUUUACUGUUUAUUGACACAGUACUGUUUUUACUUAGACUGUGUGGGCUUCCUGCAGUAUUUCUACCUCCACGUGAGUUGGGAUAAGAAUGUGCUUUGGCUCAUAAAGCCUUAACCUGAGGAGCACUGAUGUAUAGGAUGUGUGCACUACACUUGUUAAUGGUACUGUUUAUAAGCCAAAACAAGGUAAAAUGACUUGUUUUUUUGUAAAGAUGAGCUUUCUCUUUUGUAUUUUACCAGCACGGUUAGAAGUGUUACUCUAAGCAUUAUACAGUAUAUGAUGGGUGUUUUGGUUGUAUUGUUUUUGAUGUAUGGUACAGACCACACUAAGGUCACCCACAGUGCACUGGGGUAGAUUUUUGCGUGAUAACACUAGCAAAUUAUUCAUCUUACACUUGCUUUUUUUCUCGUUUUAUGUAAUGUUUUUGGUUUCUGGUACACGUGGAUACCAGCAUGUUGUUUUUGUUUUUUUUUGUUUUUUAUAGUAAAUGUUAUUCGACUGUAUCACCCCCUAUCAUGGCAGGAUUAACUUUAACCAUGUGGAAGGUGACAAAGAUUUGUAAGAGCCGACUGGUUCAGUUUUAAAUAACCAGGCUGACCGUGUGGUCAGCCAAAAUGUUUAUUCUUUUAUUUUUCCUGUCUAUGUACUCUGGUUGGCUGUGCCUCAUCACUCCUUUGGUCAAGUAUGCUCAGUGAAUUGAAUCUGUGCCUUUAUGCUGUACCAAUAAAAUUACAUGGUGUUUGCAGAAUUA